UCAGCGGCACUGUUGGGGUUGCGUUCAGUGAGGACGUAGCAGCAGCAGCCCAGACACAGACAGCUUCAUCUUUACAGGCUACCAGAGCCCGGACCUGCCAUCGGUUUUCAGCCGCAUCUGUUUUAUUUACACAGAAAACAAGCCAGAAUGGAAGGACACGUCUGUAACAUCCAGGUGCUUCUGCGGGCGGCGGAGUUUCUGGAGAGAAAAGAGCGAGAGGCAGAACACGGUUACGCCUCAGUCCUCCCCCUCAGCCCAGGUCACUCUGAUAAGAAGAACAAACAGAAAAGCAAGAAGAUAUCUGCUGGUGGCAAUAGGUCGGUUCACAAUGAGCUGGAAAAAAACAGACGAGCUCAGCUGCGGCACUGCCUGGAGCAGCUGAAGGAGCAGGUGCCCUUCUCCUCUGACUCCGUGAGGAACACCACCCUCAACCUGCUGAGGCGAGCCCAACUCCACAUAAAGAAACUACAGGAACAGGACGAGCGCGCAGAGCAGCUCAAGGACCGUCUGCGCUGGGAGCAGAGAGAGCUGCAGGUUCGACUGGAACAGCUGCAGAGAGGCAGCGAGAGAAUGAGGAACAACAGUCAGGGGUCGACCAUGUCCUCGGAGAGGUCAGAGUCAGACAGAGAGGACGUGGAGGUUGAUGUGGAGAGCAUCGUCUUCGACUGUCUGACCUCUGAAGGACUGAUAGUGACUCACACAGACGCAGAUCACUGUUACUCCAGCUUGGACAAAGUCUGGCUAUGACCUCGGUAAGAUCUGCAGGAAAUCACAACAUCGGACGACCCGGAUGGAGAAGAACGGGGGAGGAGGGAAGGGGGGAGUUUGAAACAUUCCAAAAAAACAAACAAACAAACAAAAAAAAACAAGCAAUUGGAGGAGGAGAGCGGAAGAAGACGUUACUGUACAAGUGAAUGCAUUUUUCUUAACAGGAGGACUCCUUUUUAACCUUUAUAAUAAUGUCAGACAAAAAGCUAAACAACAAUGUUGGUUAUGUGUCCUUUUGCACUGAAUAGCAGUUAAAAAUCACUGGGCUGGGAUGGAUGUAACAUCACACACACACACACACACAUCCAAACAGUUCAAUCACCUUUACUGACGUUUGUUGAUCAAUGUAAGGGCUUCCUAUCUUCUUAUUUAUUCUCUACCACAGUAUGUCUGUACUGAAUUCUGCCUUAAGUCAGAUUUGGUUCUUUACAGCUUCUUUUUUUUUUUUUUUUCUCUUCAGCACUAAGUUUAUAUCUCAGCAACAUCACACCUGUAGCACGCACUUCAUUGUUCUCUGCUACGUUUUAUAUUAUCAUGCGAGUUCAGUUGAUUAUUUUUAUUUCUUUUUUUUUCUGUUGCACAGAACUACCGUACGUUGCACUUGUUAUUUUAAAUCUCUCGGCAAAUGUAAAUAAGUCGAAAUGGAAACGGAUCACAUUUGCACAGAGAUAUUUGGAAACUACAGUCAUGUCCAAAUAUCCGUUUUUCGUUUUUGUGCAUUUGCAUCUUCUCACUUCAGCGUGUGACGACUGUACGAGGAUGUGAGCAUUAAGGAGCGCUUCCUGCAUAGACGGAAUGACUUUCAUUCACUAAGAAGACCAACUCACCACCGUACACUCAAGCUGCUUGUGUGCAUUUGUCAUUUCAAAAGGUGGAUUAUGCAUGCGUCAGCACUCAGGCAGGUCACUUCUACACGUGAUGAUGAUAAUGCAGUUGAUGCCGUCUUGCAAUUUUCUAUUUUAUUCUCUUUGUUGCUAUAUAUUGAAUAACUGAAGGUGCUUCAUUCGUAUAUGCAAAUGCCUUAUUAGCUUGGAAUAGUAUGUAUGCUCUCAUCUGUCCCGCUGCCCAGUAAUAUUAUGUAGCAUUUUGUACUGGUGUAAUGUUUCUUUUUUUUUUUUUUACUGAAUAAAUAUUGUCUAUAUUUAUGA